AUGCCAGUGGUCACACACUCCGUCUGGCCACCCUCUCCCCCAACUUUUUCUCGCAGUCCCGCUGCUCCCUCUAAUGACCAGCACACCGCAUGCAUGGCGCACAGCGAACACUCUCCCACAACCCCCUUCGACCCGACCGCCACCAUCCACCUCCCCUCACCAUCUCCAGAAGACACUACUUUUUUUUCUAAACUUCUCUCCCGACAUCCCUCCACGUCGUCAGCCUCCAGCACCGCGAACCCCCGCCGACGAAGCUUCAACAUCCUCACCACCAUCCCAGACCACUUCUCAACUCUCGUCCGUUCUCACAGCUCUUCUGUCAGAAAAUCUACCUGCACUCAGCCGCCACCAAUCACCAGCAGGGCUUUCUUUUCGGGGUAUGCCGACAAGUCCACAUUUGUCCAAGAGAUUCCUGUGAGGUCAGCAUCCCUCGAUAUGCCCUUGUCCCGUCCCGCCCAAGAAGAAGAACGCCCCUCGAGGAAGCAAAAGUCGGAGAACAGGUUCUACAACUUCCUCACGAGGUCCCGAUCGCGCUCAGUAUCAAAGAAGGAGGAUUCAUCUACAGAAGUCGAACCAACCACCCGCCCCAUGCCUGAUCUUCCACAAAACCCCCGCUCUCCACCUGGCAGCCUCGGUCGCCGCUCCAACAUCCCCAUCCCUACGCAGUCCGGCUCCAAACCGGCCUCGCGCCUCCAGUCACGCCCCCUGUCAUCGACUACCACAGCAACGAACACGACCAUAACUCCAGCGACACCAAAAGUCAAGAAACGACCUUCAACUGCCAUCCCUUCCACUACGUCCCCUCUUGUUGCCUCCUCGUCGAAACCGCUGGAAUCACGAUCGCGGCCCACAACCCCGAAACCCUCGGGAGCACGCAGAAAACUCCAUGAUCUGUUCGCUAUCCCGCUCAGUCGCCUGUCCUCCUCUAGAUCACGCUCAAGAUCACGUCCUAGCACUCCACACGCCUCACCAGAUGUGCCUCCACUGCCAGCAACACCGGGAACUGAUGAUGACCCAACACCCAGACCACGAAGGUCUUCCCCUCAUAGCAUUCGUGGUGCACCUCCGCCGCGUAGUCCAUCUCCGACCCCCGAGCGGAGAGUACUCCGCGUAACGAACGCUACGCCUAACAACGAAUCGUCGACUGGCUCGACCGCGGCUUCCGUGAAGAUCACGAAAUUCUUCUCGAAAGGGGGCUCGUCUGCCUCCGAGCAGAAGAAACUUGGCCAUCAACAUUCCGCUUCCGGGCCCCCCGUUCUUCCCCCCAUUCCUGCCUUCGUAUCAGCACCGCUCAAACGGGUGUCCUCGUUGCAUCGACGCAGCGUCAAAGAUCCGAUACCUGACCAGCCUCAGCUCGUAUUGCCCUCUUCCUUGCCCAAGAUCAUCCAUACGCCCCCAACACCAGCGAAGAACGGUAACGGUACAGCAGAGAGCAGCAAGCUUCCAGCUCCAACUCGACCAGGCCACCACCACGCAAUGAAGGGCUCGCUUGACUCUGGGAUACGCUAUCGCCCACCAAUGGCCGUUCUGGACGAGGAAAGUCGAGCCGACUUUUCUCACAAGGAUAAAGGCAGGGCAGUUGACAAAGCGAGGGAGAAUGAGGCGCAAGCCGUGCCGCGACCGCAGCCAAUCAAGAUGAGUAACAGCGCCCGCUCGACCAAGCAUGGCAGUUUUGACUUUGAGCGGCCUGGAUGGGGCGCGGCGAUGAUGCAGAGGACUGGGAGUAAUGGGACGACUGCGACGCAGAAUACGGCGGCCAGUGGGUGGAAUCAAGAGACGGCGAAGGAGAGGGAAAGCAAGUAUGGACCUGGGCUGGCGGGUGUUGGGACACUGCAGAGGGAUAUGUCAAUGAAGCGGGCACAGGAACGUGAAGAAUUCCUGAAGAGAGAGCACGAGAAGGCGAGGAAGUGGGCGGUUCCUUCUGGGGUAGAUAGCAGGCAAAAGGAAAAGGAGAGAAAAAGUCACGAAAAAGAGAAAACGGCGGCGGCGGCGGCGGCGGCGGCGCAGCAGCAGCACUCGCAGCAGACGACACCGUCUGGUUCAACAUCAACGGCAGGGACCGGCAAGAUUUCGAGCAUGAGCAAGGCAACCGGCAAACGACUGGGGCACGCGCACAAGAGGGCGAGCGGGAGCGGGAUAUCACGCCUCGUCGGCAUCGCGCACCACGGCCUCUUCUCCUUCGAGCCCCCCGUGCCCUCGCCCACGCUCAGCACAGGCAGCACAGGCACGGCACACGACGGGGUCGUCCUCGUUCCGUCAGCAGACAGGAAGGACCGCGAGCGCGAGCGGCUCCAGGCGGAGAAGGAACGCCAACGCGACCUGCGUCGUGGCGGGCGGGCGGGCGACCGUGCACCUGUCCCUGUCCCUCUGCCCCCAGGUGCCCCUGGACCUGGACCGGCGGCGUUCCCGACACAGACGAACGCGGGGCAUCGCUCGGGCGCGAAGGGCCGCUCGCUGGACCUUGGCCUCGGUCUUGCAUGGGCGCCGUCGAAGAUGAAGGAGGAGGCACUCCUGCCGUCGUCGACAUUCUUCGUGCGGUCGCUGAGCGGGCGUUCGACGUCUGGGUCGACGACCGGGCGGUCGGCCACUGGAGGCUCGUCGUCGGGCCAUGGAACGGGCAGUGGGAGCAGAAACGCGAGUGGGAGGUCGAGGACGGGAGAUGAGCAUGAUGUUGAGCGCUCGAGGUUGGGCAGGGAGGUUGCGGAGGUGUUCAAGAAUGCGUUGGGUGUUGAGGAGUAUAAGCUUUUCAAGAGUUAUGUCCAUCAGUUCGACGCUCACGAAAUUCCGUUCGAUGGCCCAACAGGCAUCGUCACACUCGUCGACCGACUCUUGGUCACUGCUCCUCACCUAGGAGAAGAAGGUAAAAAGCGGCUACUCGACAACUUUGUCAAGAUCAUCCUCCAGCAAGCCUGA